GUUGCCAUGUUGAUGCACAAGCUGUCGCGUAUCAUCAAGCCGCUCGCUUGGAUCUUGAUUUCGGCAACUUGCAUUAAGUUGCUGCUGUCGAUCUCACUGCCCGAUGACCGUGGGCCAAUAAGUAAGCGGUAUGUGCGUACAAUGAGCGCUGAUUCUGCACAUCGAAAAUCAGCACAAGACGAUAUCACGUAUACGACACCGAAUGAACCGCUGUUGCUGCAACAGUUGCUGGCUGCCAAUGCGCCAAACAAUUGGUGCCUCAACCCCCACUGUGCGCCUUAUCCACGCGCUGAGGAUCUGCACAUCGAGCAGCAGUAUUAUCAGUACACGCUCGGUAGAAAUGUGAGCUAUUAUUUGUAUGCCGCCUACUACGAUCGUCGGCCGGCGAUCAUUAACACGCCCAGCAUUACGAUACUGGCGAUGAUGAGCAGCAUGACAGGACCCUUUGCGCAUGCCUACUGUCAAGUGUGGUACGAAGCGGAUGCUGAGCCCCACAUUGUGCUGAUGCAACGACUAACGGUGGUGUGGCACAAAGAGUGGAGCACGGAAGACGGUCAAUUGUAUCCCGUGUUGCUCAGCUGUCAGUUGCCCAGCAAUCCGCGCAGUUCGCGUGUCCCAGAGUUGGUUUCCCUGGUGUUUGACGAUCGUUGCGCUCGCCCGACGAAUGCGUUGCGUGUCGUCUACGAGGCGCCGCAACGGAAACGUGUCAGACGCUUCGCGGUGUGCGUCAAGGAUCUGAAUUUUCCGCAUGUUGAGAUGUCGCAGCGGUGGAUCGAAUGGCUUGAGAUGUUGCGUCUACUCGGUGCUGAGCGUGUCACCGCCUACGAUUUGGGUGGCGAGUCGUUGUUGCCACAGACACGCCGCACGUUGCAACACUAUGUGACGCGGGAUGGUUUGGUGCGAUUGCGACCGCAUCGUUUGCUGCAUAAGAUGCCGACGCCGACGUUGAAUUGGCUGAGCAAGAGUUUGAACGAAGUGUUGUGCUAUGUGGAUUGCUUCUAUCGUCACAUCUACGAGUUCGAUUAUGUGGGCAUCUUUGAUGUCGAUGAGGUGAUCAUGCCCCUGGGCGAGUUGCACAAUUGGACCGCGUUGUUGCAACAACUCGAACGCGAUAGCAACCAAGUGCUCGAAGAGAAUUGUGAAGCACGUGCUAGCUAUUGUUUUCGCAACAUUUACUUUCCCAACGAUUGGCCAGUGGACGAGCGAGUGUCGAGCGCAUUUCAUAUGCUGCAACACGUGCAGCGUGUGCCUGAACAUUCCGAUCACAAUUCGUACGUCAAGUGUUUGCAUUCAACGCACUUUGUGCAGUCGGUGCACAAUCAUUUCCCAUUCUCGUGGCACGGCAGUUGCGGUCCAUACGAUGUGCCCGUUGAGUUGGGCCAAUUGCAGCAUUAUCGCAAAUUUGAGAAUCGAACAAUGGAUCGAAUAUCGGAUCGAACAUCGGUUCGCGAUGAUAAUAUCUGGCGAUUUAAGGACAAACUCAUGUUGCAUGUGCUGGCCAAGCAACGUGAGCUUGACCGGUCGUAAAACCGAUUUGGGGCCAAACGUUUUUAUUGAUUUUGAUUUUAAUUGCUUUCGCAAACAUGAGCUUAAGUGUGUGUGUGCCUGUGUUUGUGUGUGUGUGUACGUGCACAACAAUCGAAUACAAGCUUUGGCCUAAGGCGUGACCACACCUUGCUCACAUAUAAUUCUCUUUCUCUCUUCAUUUCCGAGUUUACUUCUUUUUCUAUUUCAAUGUGCAGCAUGUCUUGCCGUGUCAGCAGCAUAAUAAUUACCCACACAGACAAACGCUAACAAAGCAAACUAUACAAAAAAGAAAGAUAUUCAGUAUAAAAAUAUACCAAACUCAAUUCAAAGCAGUGACAAUGUUUGCUUAAUGCAAGCCAAGUAUAACACUAAUUGAAAUUCUUAAUCCCAAUCUUUAAAUCACGUGUCAGCAGCAUAAAAUCUACUCACCCCUUUUACAAAGCGAACUAUACAUGCACAAAAUUCAGUAUAAAAAUAUACCAAAUUCAAUUCAAAGCAAUGACAAUGUUUAUGCAAACCAAGUAGAACAAUACUUAAAUUUCCU